ACCAAAGAAGCGUGCUACUUAGCUCUUUGCGAUUACUAUCGAGCAGCCAUGUCUGCCGAGGAGGCACGCGUUGAGUGGCAUACCGUUUUGCUCAAGGUAAGUGAACUCUUAUCCAUCAAAUUUCACAACCCAGCGCCUAAUUUUCCUCAACCGACGAGCAUCAAAAUAAGUGUACACUUAAGUCUGUGA